CAUUUCUGGCACGCUCGCGAGUGGACGUGCGGACCGAUACGCCGAUAAUAGCUAUAGCCCAGUUCGAUUCCCUAUAUAUCCACCUAUAUAUACACAUAUAGAUAGUGUUCUUAGAGGGUGCAAAGAUCUCUCCAUAGAUCUUUCACCUGUCGCGCAGUGCGUGAGGGUGCGAAUUAUAAGCCGAAGGCACCAGUAAUCGCGUCGCGAGUGUUGGUUUAAUCCAGGGAAAAUACGUAUCGAACCCCAAAUUGAAAGUGAAGUCAGUGAAAGUCCUUUUGCCGCCAAGGCAUGCGAAUAAAUUUGCAAAAGUUACGCGAACCAUCGGCAAAUAGGGGAGACCAACACAAGCAGCAGAGUUAACAGCCAAAGGAACAGGCCCCGUUCAAGGGUGCCUCGGAUACCACAGUCGAAAAAAGAAAUCAAAAAAACAGACAGCACCACUAAACUGAGCCAUGGAGCAGUUCGAGCAGCUGCUGACGUGCUGCGUCUGCCUGGACAGAUACCGCAUCCCCAAGCUGCUGCCAUGCCAGCACUCCUUCUGCAUGGAGCCCUGCAUGGAGGGCCUGGUGGACUAUGUGCGACGGCAGGUAAAAUGCCCGGAGUGUCGUGCCGAACACCGGAUACCCUACAAUGGCGUGCAGGCCUUUCCCACGAAUGUCACCCUACAACGGUUCCUGGAGCUGCACAUCGAAAUCACCGGAGAACUGCCCGAUCCCACAUCAGGUCAAAUUAUGGAGCGCUGUGGCGUCUGCUCGGAAAAGGCCUACCUGUCCCACUGUGCGCACUGCGAGAAAAAGAUCUGCGAGGACUGCAAGAGCGCCCACAUGGACAUUCUGCGGCGAGAGAUCACCCGAUUCAACUCACAGAUCCGUCGCAGUUUGCACCGACUGCAGGACUCGCUGGCGAUUAUCGAGAAGAACACCAUGAGCCUGCAGACGAACGCCAUCAGUGUGACGGAGGAGAUCGAUGAGAUCUACCAGCGGAUCACGAAGGCCAUUAAGGACCGCUCUGAUCAGCUGAAGGGCGAGAUCGAUCGCUACUUGGCCGUGGAGCUGCGCAACCUGACCACCCUGAAGGAGAAUCUCGACCUGGAGAUCACGAACAUUAGCAGCAACUGCGAUACGGUCGACAAGUACAUGAACGAGACCGUGGAGUGGGAUGACUGCGAGCUGAUGGACACCAAGGAGAUCUUCCUGAAGACGGUGGAGUUCCUGCGUCACUUUGAGUACGAGAACAACGAUUACAGUCGGCGCGUGCGGUUCCUGGUCUCCAUAGAUCCCAAUCAGCUGGUGAUGAACCUGGCCACAUUCGGCGACCUGAAUAUAGCGCCUCAUUCGACGCCAAGUGGCGGUUCGGUCAGCAGUUCCCACCUAGCGCCUCCGAGCGCACUGCAACCGGGACUGAUGCGGUCGAAGAGCGACCACCGCCUGGCCACCCAGUUCCGGCAGCAGGAGGAGCGCAGCGGCUAUAACGACGAGCCCGUGCUGGGCGGUCGCAAGUUCGGCGAACGCCCUCAGCGCAGCGCCACCCAGGCGAACAACGAUCGCUACGGGCGUGGCGGGGACUACGACUACGAGAACGACUACGACAACGAUGGCUCCUCGGGCAGGGCGGGCAAGUCCUCCCGCUUCCGCUCGCGAUUCGUGCGGUCCCACCAGAACGACGACUCCGACAGCGAGCAGCAGCAGCAGCAGCGGCAGCAGGAGCUCAAGGAGCGCAAGGAUCGCGUCCUGGACAGCGAGGAUGUGUCGCGCGGCCAGCUGAGCGGCAUCAUCCGGUUGAGCGACUGCUCCCGGGUUGUCCAGCGAUUGGCCGACAUCGGCAAGGAGAAGAAGGAGAAGAAGUCGGAUGCCGCGGCGGCAGCCCAGGCGGCCGUUCAAGCCGCCAUCCAGGCCCAGAAGGCGGCCAUGCAGCGCCAGCAGCAGAAGAACCAGCAGACUGCCGCCGACGAGGAGGAGCUGGCUCGCCAGAAGCGCAAGAAUGCCGCCCCCUCUUCGGCGGCUGGAGCGGCCACGUCCGCCACAUCGAGUGGCGGCGAUACCGCCGGCGAUCAGCGGGUGGCGGCUCUGAAGAACCGAGGCGGCGAGGAAAGCGACGGCAGCUCCAACCAGGCGGCGUCUCCAGUGCGUAAUAGUGCGGCACCUACGACGCGAGCCGAGACCGCCAGCGCCACAGACUCUGAUGCAACUCCCACUCCUACAAUCCAACAGUCGAAGCCGCCCGUUUCCGCCCAAGUGGCAGCGGUGAAGAAGACGCAGCGAUCCGGAAGCAGUGACAGUAGUGCCUCCACCGAGAGCUCCGCCAGUUCGGCGGCAGCGGCGGCUGUGGCAGCCACAUCCGCCUCCGCAGCCGCGGCGGCACCUGCAACAUCCGGUGGCAGCAGCAACUCCACGAGCCAAAGUGCCAAGGCGCCCAGCUCAUCCAGGUACUCCACUGCCAGGGACACCACGGCGGUUCCGGAAAAGAAGCCCUUCGUGAGCCGCUUCCUGCCGCAGCAUAGUACCGCCAAUGCCUCCAACGGCUCGGCGGACAAGAAGAAGGCGGAGUCCAGUUCCAGCAGCGAGGAGGAGACCAGCUCGGAGUCCGAGUCGGAAUCGGAGCCGGAGACCAAGGCGAAGACAAGUGCCGCCAGCAGCAGCACCAACACCAAGUCCACGCCCAGCAGCGCCGCCAGUUCGACGACGGCAGCGAGUAGUUCCACCAGCGGCGGAUCCUACAGGGAUCGCCUGGAGGCUCGGCGGGCCUCCCGCGACGACAGCUCCUCGACGGCAGCGGGUCGCAGCAGCUAUGCCACGCCCUCGAGCAGCGGCUAUGGGAGUGGCAGCGGAGCCGGCAGCGGACGCACGCGGGCGGUACCCGCUCCGCAUCAUGCGAGCGAGAGCGAAGAUCGCUAUGGAAGCGGCACCGGGAGCAGCUACACAAGCCGCUUUCUAAACAAGAGCAAGAGCAGCGCCAUUGUAACGCAACCCUCGCUAUCCACGCCCACCGCCUCCUUCGAUGAGGACGCCACCGGAACCGGAACCGGCGACGACUCGGACAGUCGCUACGGAACGGGCCGCUCCCGGUACCUGGCCAUGAAGGAGCGCCGCACCCGGCUGGCGCGCAGCCGCUCGUCCCACCAGUUCGGCAACGACGACGAGGAUCUGGAUGAGCCGGUGUCCCCCACCACGGUCUCGCCGUCCGCUUACCUGGCCUCAAGGUACAGCGGCUAUGGAAGCAGUGACCUGGCCCGCAGUCGCUCCUCCCACGCCCUCAAGUCGCGGGACAACUCCCCGAUCACCGACCGCGGGGCGGGAUCGUCGCGGUCCAGCGGCCUGGGCGGCAGCUCGGCGACGGACAGCAAGGACGGCGAGGCCUUGAGCUCCUGGGCACGGUACUUGAAGAACAAGUACGGUAACAAGGGCAGCAAGGACUCGGCCGGCAGUAGCGGCAGCGCACGCGACUCGCACGGGGGCACCUCGUCCUCCUCUGGGGCGGGGGCGUCCUCGGCGUCGUCGCAUGCGCACGGCUACGGGAGCGGUACGAGCGGCAUGAGCGGCUCCAGCGGACGGAGCACCGCCAGCGACGUGUCGCGACGGCUGAGCCUGGGACUGCCCCUGCGGCAGGCCAACGAGCUGGCCUCCUCCGACGACGACGGGUCAAAAAACGGGCUAGGCUCCCCUACGUCCCCUACGGUAGCAGCAGCAGUGGCAGCAGCCGGUAUAACCGGAGCGGCAGGUACUAUCCCUAAACAGGUGUACCUGCGCAAGCGCCAGCAGCUGUUCCAGCUGGGGGGCCGGGGGAGCGAGCCCGGAUCCUUCACGUGGCCGCGCGGCCUGGCCGUCGGCCCCGACAACAGCAUCGUGGUCGCCGACUCCAGCAACCACCGCGUCCAGGUCUUCGACUCCAACGGCAUCUUCGUCAAGGAGUUCGGCGAGUACGGCAGCGGCGAGGGGGAGUUCGACUGCCUUGCCGGCGUCGCCGUGAACCGCAUCGGCCAGUACAUUAUAGCCGACAGAUACAAUCAUCGCAUACAAGUGCUCGAUCCGCAAGGACGAUUCCUGCGCGCCUUCGGUUCGCAGGGCACCGCAGAUGGCAAAUUCAAUUAUCCUUGGGGCGUAACAACCGAUGCACUCGGCUUCAUUUACGUGUGCGAUAAGGAGAACCACAGAGUGCAGGUUUUCCAAUCCGAUGGUUCCUUCGUUGGCAAAUUCGGUUCCUGCGGCCGUGGCGAGGGACAACUUGAGCAUCCGCAUUAUAUAGCCGUAUCGAAUACGAAUCGUGUGAUUGUUUCCGAUUCGAAUAACCACAGGAUUCAGAUUUUCGACGUGAACGGCAAGGUCCUGUCCACGGUGGGCGGCGAGGGUUCCGACGACGGCCAGUUCAAGUUUCCACGCGGUGUGGCCGUGGACGAUCAGGGCUACAUAUUUGUGGCCGAUUCGGGCAACAACCGCAUCCAGAUCUUCAAUCCGGACGGCAGCUUCCUGAAGACCUUCGGCUCCUGGGGCUCCGGCGACUCGGAGUUCAAAGGACUCGAGGGCGUGGCCAUCAUGUCGAACGGCAACAUCUUGGUCUGCGAUCGCGAGAACCACCGCGUCCAAGUCUUCUGAUCAGAACCCACGAUACCCAAGGAGAACCCAUUGCAUUAUCUCAUCUUGAUUUUUUUUAUGUUCUCUUUAAUUAUUAUUAGUUACGACGUGCCAAAGCAAUUAUUGCCUCUAUUUCUAUGCCUAGAAAUUGUGUCAAUUAGCAAUGAGGAAAAGCGGAAAAAAAAUCGAAACACUUUUUGUUAAACUAGAGGAAAAAAA